AUGGAGGACUUCCACAUCUGUCCAGUAACUAACUACUACAAAAGGAUCCUUCUACCAGUGUCCUACGGCCUUGUGUUUGUGCUGGGCCUGACUUUAAACGGUGCCCUGGUGUGGUGUGUGUGGGCUCGGACGCGCCGCUGGAGCAGCACGGUGAUCUACAUGGCCAACCUCGCAGUGGCGGAUCUUCUCUACGUGCUGGCCUUGCCCCCUCUCAUCAUCAGCAACGCCAUGGGAGACCUGUGGCCCUUCGGCAACAUCAUCUGCAAAACCGUCAGAUUUUUCUUUUUUGUCAACCUCCACUGCAGCAUGAUGUUUCUCACCUGCGUCAGCGUGCACCGUUUCAUCGGGGUGUGCUUCCCCAUCGCUGCUGUGCGCCUCAGGACCAAAAAACUCGCCCUCUUUGCGUCAGGCUCGGUUUGGGUCCUGGCCACUGCAGAGAUUUUACCGACGCUGGUCUUUGCGCACACAGGUGUGAUCAACAACAUGACAGUGUGCUUUGAAAUGACUAACCCGAAGCAGUUUAACGUUUACUUCCCCUACGGACUGUUUUUGGCCAUAGUGGGGUUUCUGAUCCCAUUCCUCGUCGUGGUCACCUGUUACUGCUCCAUGAUGAGGGUGCUAUAUUGCGGGGUCGCCGACAGCAUCUCCAACGCCAGGACAGCUCGUGUGCGUAACAAGUCCCUGUACACCCUCUUAGUUGUGUGUCUCAUGUUUGUGGUGUGCUUUGUGCCUUAUCACAUUACUCGCACCGUCUACUUGUUUGUGAGGGUCUACAUACCCGGAGAAUGUCACCUGCUGAACGUGGUCAUGAUCUCAUAUAAAGUGUGGAAACCUGUUGUCAGUUUCAACUGCUGCGCAAAUCCUCUCCUCUACUUUUUGGGCUCUCAUCGGCACCGUCAGGAGCUCCGAGCCUGGCUGUGUAGGAGGAAGAAGAGAGUGCAGCCCAGUGUGUGUCUGGUGGAUGCAGGCAACACAAACAGGUCCGGAGGGUAG